UCUAUCUGUUUUCAUCUCCCCUCUCCAUUUUCAUUAAGUUUUCCUUCUUCUCGAACAUGGUUAAUCCCGGCAGAGGGAGCGGCGGCGAGACGCCUCUCCAAUCUCAUAGAAUGCUUUGCAGCAACCGAUCUCGUUGAUCAGGUUUGGUUGAUGUAGCUAUGAGUUUGUUGGGGAACAUAAUAUCGUUCUUAUUGAGGAGGCUUUACAUUAUUGGUUUCAGAGAUGCUCAUUAUGAUUUACUUCUAAAAAAUUCAAGUUUGUGCACUCAUGCAGAAAAGAGUGAAAAGAGAAGAAGCAGAUGCGAAGUCAAACAGCAACAAUGGAGCCGAAGAAGUGACUCAUGUGAAACAAGAUCUUCUUGCAUUCUUAGUCAAAAGGCAAGCCUCCUGCGUAUCCCUUGCUGGACGAUCGAGAGCGGAGGCCAGGUGAUCGAGGAAGAACUCCGUGUGCGUGCGAUUCAUCUGGUGAGCCUCCUGCAUAUCCCUACCUGGACGAUCGAGAACGAAGAUCAGGCGACCAUGCGGGAACUCCAUGUGCAUGCAAUCCACCGGAGAGCCUCCUACAUAUCCCCAGCCGGAUGAUCCAACAUAGUCGAUGCCUUCUAUUCGUGCGUGUGUGUGGAGGAAUGGAUCGAAGCAGGGCUUUUUGCAUGUGGAAUCCAGGAAGAUCGAGUGGCUUCUUGCGUACGAGCUUGGGCCAAGUCGAACUCUACCUCACGCGAAGCAAUAGGAAGAGACAAAUGAGUAUUCCCGUGCGCUGCUCGCUCUCUCUCCAAAAAAUUCAUUUUUCGUUCGAAUCGAUCGGGUUUACUUUACCCGCAAAAUGAACUAACAUGGGAAAUUUGCUUUAAUUUACUAAGUGCCAACCAAACACCAAAAAAGUAAAAAAUGUAAAGUAUUCAUAAAUCUUUGCAUUUAUUUUUCCUCUAACCAAACAGCCCCUAAAUGCAACUUUGGUUCUAUUUCUAAUCAUCUUAUUCCUCUUUUAGUGAAUUACUUUGAAU